CACACUUCCUGCGCACGUGUAGUCCACAUUAAUUGUAGUUGUGUUCCUAGGUAGCUAGCUAGCUCUAUGAAUAGCUUAUUUUAGUUACUUAUCAAUGUAUUGAUCAUCGUAUUCGAACUUCGAGGCGAGGCUGCACGGCCAUCUGAUCUGUCUGGACACGUGAGGUGGAGAGGAUGAACAUCGAGGAGAAUAAAGUAAAAGAGCAUAUGGCUGAUAAUGAUGAUGAAGAGUCUGGAGAAGUGCCCAAGAUUGAAUCAGAUGAAGGUGAGGAUGACGACAACCCAGAGGAUGAUGAUGAGGAACUUAAAGAACAGGCUGAAGGCGAUCCCAAAGAGGAAAAGGUGUCAAUAGGCAAGAAGUGUCUGCCUGGAAUAGUGUAUUUAGGUCAUAUACCACCAAGACUGAGACCCAAGCAUAUGCGCAACAUGCUGAGUCUGUACGGGGAGAUUGGAAGGAUAUUCCUACAGCCUGAAGACCGGUCUGUGAAGAGGAGGAAGAAGAAAGCAGGCUCCAAGGCAUGCAGUUUCACUGAGGGCUGGGUGGAGUUCAGGGACAAGAGAGUGGCCAAGAGAGUGGCAGCUAGCCUCCACAACACACCGAUGGGCGCCCGGAAAAGGAGCCGUUUUGUCAGUGACCUCUGGAACAUCAAGUACCUCCACAGGUUCCAGUGGUGUCACCUGAGUGAGCGACUGGCCUAUGAGAUGACUGUGCUCCAGCAGCGCCUCAGAACUGAGAUCUCUCAGGCCAAACGAGAAACCAAUUUCUACCUGGCCAACGUGGAGAAGAGCCAGAACAUGGACAAACUGAGGAAGAAGAGGGAGCGGAAGGGUGAGAAGAUAGAGGAGAAGACGUGGGACUUCACCCAGCGACGUACAGAGGAUGAGAUCCAGAUGAGUCGCCUCCGUAAACAGACCAUGUCCAAGAAGAACCUGCUGAAGGCCCAGGACAAGGCCAGGGACAUACAGCAGAAGUCCCAGUCGAACGUCUCUCUGCUGGCCAAGAUCUUCAACAGCAGCAAAGCCAAGGACUGAACCCAUCCCAGCAGUCUUGGCAAACACAGGAUCCCAGGACUUGUCUCAUUCAGUAUCACAAUUAGAGCAUCCUUUUGCCCCUGACACUUGCUGGUGUUGUGAGCGACACUGAGAAGAUGGGCUCUAUCCAGACACAUACAGACUCACAGGGAAAAAUAGGGUUUUCUCCAUCGGUGUAAUUUGAUUAUAAUUGUAGGAGAGACUUGGACAGGUCCUCUUUUUGAUUUAAUGCAUUGCAAACUAUAAGCUAUGAUGCAGUAAUAAUAUUUUCAGCAUCAUGGAAAACACGUGCUCAUACUGUAUGUGCUAUUUGUAAACAUUUAGUAAAAAUAUUUAAUGGAAAUAA